AACUGCAUAAUUAGCAGAAACUGGAGAAAUAAUCUAUUCCGUAUAUCUCCUGUCGUAUGGAAAUGGAGCAUGCCUUUCUCUCUUGUUCGCGAGAUUGCGAGCUGUUCUCAGGUAGUGAAUACGUACGUCCAGUCUCGUUCAAAGUUAAACGCGUUGUAGAGUCGAAUCAUUUUAUUUUCCAUAAAAAUCCACAGUUCUAUAACAUUCUUAAUUAUUUUUGAUUGUCAUUUGGUAAAAAUGAUGGGGAAUGUGAAUACGGUAAAAUGGGACUAGUCGAACGCGUUCUCCAGUUUCUGUCAAUUUUCUCUGGUCUCUAAACGCGGUCACGAUCCGCCCGAGUCUCGUUUUCUAAGUUCCGAAAGGAAACGUGGUAAAAGUUUGUGGUUUUGAGGGUUCUUAUCGCAUUGGACAUUAAGUAAAUAUCCGAUAUACGUAUACACAUGCUUCUCGAUGCGAUGAAAGUACGUAUUGCAUUGAAUAGAAUUAAAAGAACCAUGAAGGUAAAUGGAACUAAGACAUUCGGUGCAAAACGAUACUUUUUUUACCGUAAAACGAUACCGAUUAUCGGUUGUUCGUUAGUCCUUCAACGGCUAGUCAGAAAGUGUGCCGUGAGCAAAAGAUGGGAUCGAGUGCUGCGGCGAUUAGGACAGUUAUCAGUCAGUCGGUGAUAUCGAGACGAACUAGUGUUUGCGGUUUCCCCACUUUGCCGGAACUAAUUCGUUCAAGAAAACACGAUCCGCGAGCUGCUAACGUCAUUCACUAGAAAUCUUCCGCCUAUGAUCAUCUAAACUGCAUUUUCAGAACGACUUACUAUUUUUAUUAUUGUAUUCGUUGUGCCUAUUUUAUAUUACAAAUAUUGAUCGUCGCUUUUCCUUUAUAAAUAUUCAGCCUGACGAAAUACCUCAAUACUACCGUUCAAAAUUUCUAUCAUCUUCUUAAGUACGUCUCAGAUCUCAUCUGACUUUAUUGCUAAAACCCAACGCUUAUCAGCAUAUGACCUAUAUAAGUAAGCUCAACGAUUAGUACAAAAUCUGUACAAAGAGCAGAAGUCAUUUUUCAGUAACACUCGAUUGAGUAUAGACUUAGAGUUAGAGCAUUCGUGCAACAUAAUAUUUAGAGAAAUGGGGGACGAUAGAGAGCCUCUGAUUGGGGAUAAAAGCGAACUGGAUCCAUUUUGGGAUGAAAACGAGGAGAGGGAUGACUAUGAGGGUACGGUGGUCCACGUGCCGAGGUCCCAGGAAAUUAAAGAUUCCUCGAAUACUGGAACGAUGAAGGUCAAUAUCGAGGGUAUGAGUUGCCAGAGCUGCGUGAAGAAUAUUGAAGGGACUAUAGGCAGUCGCCCGGACGUUCUCAGCAUCAGAGUAGUUCUAGAGGAGAAGCUGAGCUACAUCGAGUACAAAGCAGACGAAGUGACACCCGCUGAGUUAGUCGAAGCUAUAGAAGACAUGGGCUUCGUGGCUUCCCGUUGCGAUCAGAAUGGCUCUGAAACGAAUUCUGUUUUAAAAUCGACUAUCAGCGCUUGCAGUAUACACGUCGACGGGAUGACGUGCGGGUCCUGCGUCAAAACCAUCACUGGAGUUUUGUCGGAGAAGUUGGGAAUAAAAGAAGUGAACGUUAGUCUCGAAGACAAGGAAGCCAAAGUUUUGUACGAUGAUAGGGAUGUCACAGCUGAGCAGAUAUCGGCGUUCAUCGAAGAUAUGGGUUUUAGUGCUUAUGUUAAAGAAAUGAACGGGAAAUCCUUUGGGGCGCCAGUGGAUUUGAAAAAUAAUCCCUCGUCUGAUACCGUCGUAGUGUCUAUGAACGGGGGUGGCGAUGUAAAAAGAGAAUCGAAUCAAUUAGCAAAAUGUUUUCUACACGUAACGGGUAUGACUUGCGCUUCCUGUGUCGCUGCUAUAGAGAAACAUUGUAAAAAAUUAUACGGAGUAAACAAUAUUCUGAUAGCGUUGUUAGCUGCCAAAGCGGAAGUUACGUUUGAUCCAGAUAAGAUAAGAGCCGCGGACAUUGCUUCCAGCAUUUCCGAGUUGGGUUUCCCUACCACCUUGAUUCAAGAACCUGGGACCGGUGAAGGAGAAAUUGAAUUGAAAAUUUCGGGCAUGACAUGCGCGUCUUGCGUGAACAAAAUAGAAUCGACCGUGAAGAAGCUGCCAGGUGUUCAGUUUGCUGCGGUCGCGUUAACUACUCAGCGUGGCAAGUUCAAAUACGAUGUAGAAAAAGUUGGUGUUCGAGACAUUAUAGAAUGUAUUAACAAGCUUGGCUUCACCGCAUCCUUGAUUAGUAAUAGGGACAAAGAGAACAGAGACUACUUGGAUCAAAAGGAAGAAAUAAACAAAUGGAGGGCUGCGUUUUUAGUGUCUCUAAUAUUUGGAAUACCCUGUAUGUUAGCUAUGACGUAUUUCAUGGUAGUUAUGUCGGUAGGUGAAAAAACGCAUGAGGACAUGUGUUGUAUAAUACCUGGUCUCUCAUGGGAGAACCUAAUUCUUUUUAUAUUUUCAACGCCAGUCCAGUUUUUCGGUGGCUGGCAUUUUUACGUUCAAGCGUACAAAGCUUUGAAGCAUGGUACAACUAAUAUGGACGUAUUAAUUUCCAUGACUACUACGAUAUCUUAUUUAUAUUCGAUCGCAGUCCUGUCAACAGCCAUAAUAAUGGAAAAAAAUGUUAGUCCGCAAACGUUUUUCGAUACUCCUCCGAUGUUGCUAGUAUUUAUCAGCUUAGGCAGGUGGUUGGAACACGUUGCAAAGGGGAAAACUUCGGAAGCUUUGUCGAAGUUAUUAUCUUUAAAGGCGACGGACGCGGUGUUAGUUACAUUAGGUCCUAACAACGAGAUAUUAUCCGAGCGUUUGAUCACUAUAGAUCUGGUUCAACGAGGAGAUGUGUUGAAGGUGGUUCCAGGUGCCAAAGUUCCAGUUGACGGCAGAGUUCUCACGGGUAACUCUACCUGCGACGAGAGUCUGAUUACCGGUGAGAGUAUGCCGGUGCCAAAGAAGAAGGGCUCGGUCGUGAUAGGAGGUUCGAUAAAUCAAAACGGCCCGCUUUUAAUUACCGCGACGCAUACAGGGGAGCACACAACUUUGGCGCAGAUCGUGCGAUUGGUGGAAGAAGCGCAGACGAGUAAAGCGCCCAUACAACACUUGGCUGACAAGAUCGCGGGUUAUUUCAUCCCUCUCGUUAUAGCAGUUUCUGUGAUUACUUUGAUCGUUUGGAUAAUAAUGGGAUACGUGAACAUAAACAAUUUACCGAUCUCGCAUAACGAUCAGAUUAAUAUGCACGGUAUCGACAGAGAAGAGAUUAUAUUCCAGUACGCUUUUCGAAGUGCUCUUUGUGUGCUAGCCAUCGCCUGUCCGUGCGCAUUGGGAUUGGCUACACCGACCGCGGUUAUAGUCGGAACCGGAGUCGGGGCGUUAAACGGUAUUCUGAUUAAAGGUGCCGAACCUUUGGAGAAUGCGCAUAAAGUUAAAUGUAUCGUGUUCGACAAAACCGGGACGGUCACGCACGGUGUGCCGAUGGUAACGAACAUAACUUUGUUCGUUAACGAGAAGAUUUGUUCGUUAGCGAAGUUCUUGGUGAUCGUCUGUACUGCCGAAACGAACAGCGAGCAUCCGAUUGCAUCAGCGAUCGUUCGAUUCGUGAAGGAUACAGUUGGUUCCGAAGCUACCGGACAAUGUACGAACUUUCAAGUGGUCGCUGGCUGCGGGCUUAAGUGCAAAGUCUCGCACAUCUCGACACCGUUGAUCGACGCAUUGAAAUCCGAGAAAAUAAUCAAUUAUGUGAACCAGGUAAAGAAGUUGUCUUCUGGAACGUACACUUUGAACAAUGUACCGGUGAACGUUGCGACGAUCGCGAGCACGAGUCAGGAGAGGCAGAAUCUGGACUUGGAGUCAUUGCUCAGUCCUGAUGUCCACGGUGAUCAAUCUAGUCCCGACGAUGUAUACGAGAUCUGUAUCGGUAACAGAGAAUGGAUGCGACGAAACGCUGUGAAUAUACCGAUGGAAGUAGAGCAGAAGAUGAACUCGGAGGAGGAUUUAGGACGGACGGCUGUUCUAGCGGCAGUGAACAACGUGCUGGUCGCUAUGAUCAGUGUCGCUGAUACGGUUAAACCGGAAGCUCAUUUAGCGAUUUAUUCUUUAAAAAAGAUGGGCUUGGAAGUUAUCCUGCUAACGGGAGACAACAGAAAGACUGCGGCUUCUAUCGCCAGACAGGUCGGUAUCACUCGAGUAUUUGCAGAAGUUUUACCUUCGCACAAAGUUGCUAAGAUUCAGCGUUUACAAGACCAAGGCUUUAGAGUCGCGAUGGUAGGAGACGGGGUCAACGACAGUCCCGCUCUUGCACAAUCGGACGUUGGCAUUGCGAUAUCUUCUGGUACAGACGUUGCUGUAGAAGCCGCUGACGUAGUUCUCAUGCGAAACGAUCUUUUGGACGUGAUCGCAUGCCUGGAUUUAUCGAGGAAAACUGUUCGUCAGAUAAGACUGAACUUUUUAUUUGCUAGUGUUUAUAAUUUGUUGGGUAUUCCUAUCGCUGCUGGGGUAUUCAGUGGUUUAGGGUUAUUCCUUCAACCAUGGAUGUCCUCUGCGGCGAUGGCAUUGAGCUCGGCGUCCGUGGUUGGCAGCUCUUUGUUGUUAAAAUUAUACCGCAAACCGACGAAAGCAACGCUAGAAACGGCUGAAUAUUUGGCCGCGAUGCACGCUCAUUCUACCGCGAGAAUAAUCGACAUGGAGAGUAUAUCUCUCCACCAUGGUUUAGACGAUACCACAAUACCAAUCAUGCAUAGAUCAGCGUCCACGCUGUCCAGACUGUUUAGAAGAUCUAAAGACGACGUAGAAGGUCGGCUUCUGGGUGAGGAUAUCGAUGAGAUCGAUUUAGUAACGGACUUUUCUGAUUACCGGAAAAGCAUGAAGGAUCAUACUAGCAUAACACCAUUAUGAUCCGUAAGAACGAUAUCUCUUCUAAUUACCGCGACGGUCUGACUUUAAUUCAGUUUGCCAUAAUUCCGGCAAGAGCUUCGUUCAUAUUUCAAUGAAUCUACGAAAGUAGGCGAUGUAAAAAAAUAUUUGGUUGGUGCUUCUUGCAUAUUAUAUAAGAUUCGUAUUUUA